AUGACAGAAGAGAAAGGAUUAGAUCUUAACGUUGCUGAUCGCAUAGAAGAAUAUGUUAAAUUAAAAGACCAAUUAUUACUUUCCAAUAAUAACGCUAAAGCCGGUUUAAAUGACAUGGUUCUUAUUUUUAAAUAUUUGAAAGUAUUCGGUGUGUCAGAUAAGAUCUUUCUCGCUAGAGGAUUAGAUUACUACUAUACGGGUAUAAUUUAUGAGGCUGUAACAGAACAAUCUGGACCACCAAAUGAAGAUGAACUUGAUGAAACAACAGUUGGUGUGGCUCUAUUGCUGCAGGUGGGCGCUAUGAUAAUCUCAUGGACAUGUUUGCCAGUAAUAAAAAGGCAACAUACCAUGUGUUGGUGUUUACAUAGUUUAUGUAAUGGUCUUGCUGAUGGAUUACUGGAAAAUAGAAUGAAAAUAUGUUCUGAGUUAUGGAAUGCAGGAAUUAAUGUAUGUAAUUAUGAUCAAAUUCCUUUUGUUGUUAUUAUUAAUUGUGAUGAAUUAAAUCAUGGUGAAGUUAGAAUUAAAGAUAUGAGAUCUAAAAAACAAGGUGAAGAUGGAGGUGUUUCAUAA